AUGCCCGGCCGCCGCCCGCUCCGCCUCGCCGCCCUCCUCGCCAUCCUCCUCCUCGCCGCCGUCGCCGCGCAGGACCGAGACCUCCCCGAAGCAGGCAGCUGCCUGCAGGACGGGCAGAGCUAUAGCGAUAAGGACGUAUGGAAGCCGGAGCCGUGCCGUAUCUGCGUGUGCGACACGGGGACCGUCCUCUGCGACGAGAUCAUCUGCGAGGAGCUGCGGGAUUGUCCCAGUCCCGAAAUCCCCUUCGGAGAGUGCUGCCCCAUAUGUCCCACUGACCAACCCAGCGGGCAACCUGGCCCCAAGGGGCAGAAGGGCGAACCCGGUGACAUUAAAGAUGUCGUAGGACCCCGAGGGCCGCCGGGACCGCAGGGCCCGGCAGGUGAGCAGGGACAACGAGGGGACCGCGGUGAGAAGGGGGAGAAGGGUGCUCCUGGCCCCCGGGGCAGGGAUGGAGAACCUGGCACCCCUGGAAAUCCUGGCCCCCCUGGCCCCCCCGGACCUCCUGGCCCCCCUGGCCUUGGUGGGAACUUCGCAGCUCAGAUGGCGGGCGGCUUCGACGAGAAGGCUGGAGGCGCGCAGAUGGGCGUCAUGCAGGGACCCAUGGGCCCCAUGGGACCCCGCGGCCCCCCUGGACCUUCCGGUGCUCCCGGUCCCCAAGGAUUUCAAGGCAACCCCGGCGAGCCCGGCGAACCCGGCGCUGCUGGUCCGAUGGGUCCCCGGGGACCACCAGGACCUCCUGGGAAACCCGGUGACGACGGCGAGACCGGCAAACCUGGCAAAUCCGGUGAGCGUGGCCCCCCCGGCCCCCAGGGUGCUCGUGGCUUCCCCGGGACACCCGGUCUCCCCGGAGUGAAAGGCCACCGGGGCUACCCUGGCUUGGACGGCGCCAAAGGAGAGGCAGGAGCUCCUGGAGCCAAGGGCGAAUCCGGCUCCCCUGGCGAGAACGGCUCCCCCGGCCCCAUGGGUCCCCGUGGCCUGCCCGGAGAGAGAGGACGUCCCGGCCCCUCGGGCGCUGCGGGUGCUCGUGGCAAUGAUGGUCUCCCCGGCCCAGCUGGACCCCCCGGACCUGUCGGCCCGGCCGGAGCCCCCGGCUUCCCCGGCGCCCCCGGCUCAAAGGGUGAAGCCGGUCCCACCGGCGCACGAGGUCCCGAGGGUGCCCAGGGUCCCCGCGGUGAAUCCGGCACCCCCGGCUCUCCUGGCCCUGCCGGCGCCCCCGGUAACCCAGGGACUGAUGGCAUCCCCGGCGCGAAGGGCUCAGCGGGCGCCCCGGGCAUCGCCGGCGCUCCAGGCUUCCCCGGCCGCGGCCCACCCGGACCCCAGGGUGCCACCGGCCCGCUGGGACCCAAGGGACAGACGUGUGUGAAUGCUGUCGAUAACGCGCUGCUGUUGAGUUUGUCUCGUGAGGAGGACAUGCCCGAGGCGCAGCCGGGAGCCGGCUUUUCCCCUGAAUCCGGGCAGAGCGCCUUGCGGGCUGCUCUGGUUCAAGCCUAA